AUGUGCAAGGCUGGUGUGAUUGAAGACGCGCAUGAUUUGUUUUGUAGACUCAGCCUCAAAGGAGUGAAACCUGACGUUGUAGCAUACAAUACAAUGAUCUCUGGCUUGUGUAAUAACAGGUUAAAGCAUGAAGCAUGCGCCUUGUUCAGCAAAAUGAAACAAGACGGACCUCUCCCAGAUGAUCUUACGUAUAAUGCGCUAAUAAGGGCACAUCUUGAAGAUGGUGACAAAGCUGCAUCAGCUGAAUUCAUCAAGGAAAUGAGGAGCCGCGGGUUUGCUGGAGAUGCUUCAACCUCUGGUUUGGUCACCUACUAUGUUGCAUGA